AUGGCGUCCAAAGACAUCAUCAUGAGGCCCAGUUGUGCUACUGGAUGGUUUUACCACGGGUCCCAUUGCUAUGGAUACUUCCGGAAACUGCGCAGUUGGUCGGCUGCUGAGUUUGAGUGUCAGUCGCACGGAAAUGGAGCGCACCUGGCGUCUAUCCUGAAUGUGAAGGAAGCCGAAGCCAUAGCAGAGUACAUAAGUGGCUAUCAAAGAAGCCAGCCAGUGUGGAUUGGCCUGCAUGACCCGCAGAAGUUCUUAACCUGGAGCAGCAAUUCAUGCAACAAGCCACAGCACUUCCUGUGCAAGUACAGACCAUAGAGCAAGUCGCCAGAUCCGGCCGACCCUUGCCUCUUCCUUCUCUG